AUGCAUGCAGAAGCAAGUAAAACGAAUGGAAUUCAGGGCCAAAACUCUGUCCCUAACAGUGAAGGUUAUUUUGCAGAGGCUGAGUCACUUGAAGAAACUGAAAAUGUCCCAUCUUUACAGAUUUUGGGUAGUAGAACAGAAGAAAGUACUGAGAAAAGCAGACAGUUUGAGUAUGAUGGGUUGAACUUCCAAAAUAUGAGCAUUGCUGAUUUCUCGGAGAGAGAGUUUGCAAAAGUUGAGGAAGCAGAAAGAUUUUACAGCAACUAUGCCCUUGCAAUUGGUUUUAGCAUAAGAAGAAGUCGUUUGAGACGUAGCGAGGGUGGGGUUGUGAUGGGAAGACAAUGGGUGUGCUCAAAAGAAGGGAGUAGAUCAAAGAAAUGGACGAAUAGAGAUGAUAUGGUUCGUACACCAAGGAAAGAGACUAGAGAGAAUUGUCACGCUACAUUUGCUGUGAAGUAUUGUCCUAACCAGGAUGCUUAUAUUGUGACUAAAUUUGUAAAGGAGCACAGCCACCGACUUGCUAACUCACAUGAGGUGCCUUUUCUUCGUUCGCACCGGUGUGUUACGGAAUCUAACAUAGCACAAUCUAUGUCUAUGAGAAAAGCCUCUAUUAAAACCAAUAGGACGUACGACUAUAUGGUUGACCAAGCAGGUGGAUACAAAAAAGUGGGGUUCACCAGUAAGGAUCUAUAUAACAGGAUGGAUUUCGAGCGUCGACAAGUGGUAUUGGAUGGUGAUGCACAAGCAGCAAUAAGCUACAUGAAUGGCAAGGCAAUAGCGGACCCGAAAUUUUUUUGCAUGUUUAGUGUAGAUGAGGAGAAUAGAUUGGCAAAUUUGUUUUGGAGAGACUCUCAAUCUCUACACGAUUAUUGUUGCUUUGGGGAUGUGGUGAUACUUGAUAGCACGUACAAAACCAAUGUAUAUGACAAGCCUUUAGUGGUGUUUGUUGGUGUAAACAACCAUAACGCGACUACAGUUUUUGGUUGUGCAUUUCUUGUUGAUGAGACUGCUGAUACAUAUCGUUGGGUACUCAGAACUUUUUUGACUUCUAUGAAGGACAAGAAGCCUGUAUCUAUUGUCACGGACUGGGAUGACGCAAUGCGCGUAGCGAUUGAUGAAAAGGAUCCCACUAAGGAGGAACUUGAGUUCUAUGAUGCUUUGGAGAAAAUUGAGACUGAAGUAUAUUCUAGUUCUCAAAUGAAAGAGCAAGUUGCUACCAGUACAUCUUUAAUGCAUAUUGAAUGA